CCGAGGAGGAGGCGGCGGCCCAGGCGGCGCCGGAGCGGAGCAUCACCCGGGUGGGCGGCAGAGCCGCGGCCUCUCCUCCCGCGGAGCCACCUGUCGCAGGGCGCGGCAGCUGGUGGAAGAAAAGAUGUUGUCUCGAUUCAGAGUUGUGUCCAUGCCUUGUACUUGGGCAUGUCGUCGUUUGCACAUAAAAGAGAAAGGCAAGCCACUGAUGUUGAAUCCAAGAACAAACAAGGGCAUGGCCUUUACAUUACAGGAACGACAGAUGCUUGGUCUGCAAGGACUUCUACCUCCCAAGAUAGAGACACAAGAUAUUCAAGCCUUACGAUUCCAUAGAAACUUGAAGAAAAUGAGUAGCCCUUUGGAAAAAUACAUCUAUAUAAUGGGAAUACAAGAAAGAAAUGAGAAAUUGUUUUAUAGGAUAUUGCAAGAUGAUAUUGAAAGUCUCAUGCCAAUUGUAUACACACCAACGGUUGGUCUUGCCUGCUCUCAGUAUGGACACAUCUUUAGGAGACCUAAGGGAUUGUUUAUUUCAAUCUCAGACAGAGGUCAUGUUAGAUCAAUUGUGGAUAACUGGCCAGAAAAUCAUGUUAAGGCUGUUGUGGUGACGGAUGGAGAGAGAAUUCUGGGUCUUGGAGAUCUGGGUGUCUAUGGAAUGGGAAUUCCAGUAGGAAAACUUUGUUUGUACACAGCAUGUGCAGGAAUACGGCCAGAUAGGUGCCUGCCUGUCUGUAUUGACGUGGGAACUGAUAAUAUAGCACUCCUAAAAGAUCCAUUUUACAUGGGCUUGUAUCAGAAGCGAGACCGUUCACAACUUUAUGAUGAACUGAUUGAUGAGUUCAUGAAAGCUAUUACUGACAGAUAUGGCCGGAACACACUUAUUCAAUUUGAAGACUUUGGGAAUCAUAAUGCAUUCAGGUUUUUGAGGAAAUACCGAGAAAAAUAUUGUACUUUUAAUGAUGAUAUUCAAGGAACAGCUGCAGUAGCUUUAGCAGGUCUUCUUGCAGCACAAAAAGUGAUCAGUAAACCCAUCUCAGAACACAAAAUCUUAUUUCUUGGAGCAGGAGAGGCAGCUCUUGGAAUUGCAAAUCUUAUAGUUAUGUCUAUGGUAGAAAAUGGCCUCUCAGAAGAAGAAGCACAAAAGAAAAUCUGGAUGUUUGACAAAUAUGGUUUAUUAAUUAAGGGGCGGGAAGCUGAAAUAGACAGUCAUCAGGAACCAUUUGCUCACUCAGCCCCAGAGAGCAUGCCUGGUACUUUUGAAGAUGCAGUGAAUAUACUUAAGCCAUCAGCUAUAAUUGGGGUUGCUGGUGCUGGCCGACUCUUUACUCCUGAUGUAAUCAAAGCCAUGGCCAGGAUCAAUGAAAGACCUGUAAUAUUUGCAUUAAGUAAUCCUACAACAAAGGCUGAGUGUACUCCUGAGGAAGCAUACACACUCACAGAGGGACGGUGUUUGUUUGCCAGUGGCAGUCCAUUUGGGCCAGUGAAACUGGAAGAUGGGCGUGUCUUUACCCCUGGUCAAGGAAACAAUGUGUAUAUUUUUCCAGGUGUGGCUUUAGCGGUUAUUCUCUGUCACACCCGUCAUAUCAGUGACAGUAUUUUCCUAGAAGCUGCAAAGGCACUGACAAGUCAAUUGACAGAUGAAGAGCUAGCUCAAGGGAGACUUUACCCACCCCUUGCCAAUAUUCAGGAAGUUUCUGUUAACAUUGCUAUUAAAAUUACAGAAUACCUGUAUGCUAAUAAAAUGGCAUUCCGAUACCCAGAACCUGAAGACAAGGCCCAGUAUAUUAAAGAAAGGAUAUGGCGAAGUGAAUACGAUUCCCUGCUCCCGGAUGUGUAUGAAUGGCCAGAAUCUGCAUCACGGCCUCCCCAGAUAACAGAAUAGGAGCCCUCCCGCUGAUGCAUCAGUACUCCCGUGCUUCAGAGAGCCCUUCUGUCCAAACAGAAAGCUGCAGUGUUCUCAGACUUACGGUGUUCCCUGUGUUUUAUUCUCCCUCACCCCCACCUCUUUGCGUGACUUCUGUUUUUCCCAUUGGGUCACCCAUCUGUUGGGGAGUGGAUGUGUUGACUGUAUUGUUAAUGCCCACCAGCACCCUACAUUAAUUCUAAUUCGUAGCCCAUGGCAUACCCAAGAGCUGUUACAGAUGUAUCUGUGAACAUCUUGACUUGCACUCUUCUUCAUGCUUGCCAGGCAUUUACUACUGCAGGUAAUAAUCGUGUCUCACCCCGUUCUUUUAGGGCUUCUACAAUGGAAAUUUGCCUCUGUACGUCUGAAUACAGAAUUUUGAAAACAAACCACAUUCCAAGGAAGAAUUGUUAGUAUCUAAAAUUGUUCUUUUGUACCUGCUUCAUUUUACAUCCAUGCUCUGAAGUUCCUUUGUGGUAGACAGAUAGAGGGCAAGAUGAAAAAUCCACCCUAUUUAUUUUCUGGAACCAAAUCAAGGCUUAACUGUAUACCGUUAUAAGAAAGUAUCAGGAACUGUUGCUGCCUGUCAACAAGUCAUUUUCCACAGUAUAUGAGAAUCACUUUCAUUUAAUAAAAAUAAUUAGUUGUUUCAGUUAUGCUACCUUAUUGCCCAGCUAGAAAUUUAGGUUUGCUUAUUAGGAAAAACGUAUUUUUAUUUUCUUCACUUCUAGUUGAUUUCAGUAUGCCUAUCAUAAUGACUAACCUGAAAUGGCUUUUAAAAAAUAAAUUAGUCCUGUUUCAGGUCUAAGUGAGCUGCGUGUAAGCAGAGUGCUGUACCCCUGCUGCAGCAGCAGCACUCUGUGACUUGAGAUGAUUGGCAGUGUCCCUGUGAUACAUUCCUUUUAAUAUCAUUAGUGAUGAUGACUCUCCAGUGAAGGUGAAUUUAAAUUUUUUUUAAAACCAUCAAAAUUACUUUGGAACAAAGUGGGGAUGGAUUAAAUAGAUGUUCAGGCUAGGAAAUGCCAUAUUUAGUUCCAGUAAAUUCUGUAAUAAUUGGCAGAAACCAGAUUUUCUGUGGCUUACAAAUGGGAGAGUUCUAAAAAUCGAGGAGCAUUUUGAAACAGAGUCAAAUUGCAAUACCACCUCCCUACCAGGAUUGCUUCAAGUGAACAGAACUUUUAAAUAUGCUCAUUCUCAAAUAAUGAUAGCCAUUCAGAGGCACCUAUCAGCAUGUACGUUAUCGUUAUUUCUCUGCAGGAGGAAAGGGGCUUUUACUCAUCCCUUCUUUCUGUAAAGAUACAUGAGUAAUAAUUUUGAAAGUGAUUUAUAGUUAAGGAUGCGUAGAAUGGCAUUGCCAUUUGGAGUGUAGGAAAAUGCAAUUGGAUAACCAAUAUAGCAGAUGAGUAAAGUCAGAAAUCUGUUUCAUAAAAUAAGGAGCUAGGUCACAAGCUUCUUUAAAAGAAAGAUUUUUGUUUUUCCUGUUACCUGUAUGAAGACAAGAUCACCCCUAAAAAAAUCUUGAUUUUAAUUUAGAAUUACAAGUAUGAUUGUUGUAUUGUUUUUUGCUAGUGCUUAUUGAAGGCAGGAACACCUGCAGAAUUAGAGUAACUCAACUCAGAUACUUGCUUGUUGAAGAUCACUAGAACAGCCUUUAACGGAAAUUAUUAAGUUGCUUAGUGGGAAAAAAAUAAACUAAAUGGCAUUUAAUCUGUUUAAGAUUAAAAAUCUUAAUACUUCUUAGCCUUGCAUAAAGAACUACCUAUUUGCAUUGUUAUUUAUGAAUCGGCAUAUUAGCUAUUGAUUAUUGGAUGUAAAUUAAAUUUAAAUAUUUUAAUAUUUAAGCAAAGAGUGCAGGCAGGAAUUAUUAGCAUUGAAAAGACAGGAGUAGGAGGCCAAUAAUGGCCUCAAAUUGGAAAAGAAACUAAAACAUUUGUGCCUUCUAUGGGAGCUUGUACUGAUCAAGAAGGUAAUUGUUUUAAAGAACAGCAAUGGAACCUCUCUUACAUUCUUUUUAAUAAAGAAGAAAUUCUGUAGA